AGUACAAAGCAAGAAAGGAUUGUGCUUGGAUGUUCCCACUCGUUGGAACUCUGUGUAUUCAAUGCUUGAGAGUGCAAGUGUAUACAAAGCUGUUUUUGACAGGUACAAGACCCAAGAUGCUGAUUUUAGAGCUGAUUUUUCGCCCAAAGGGGUGCAUGGAGAUCCAGGUUUUCCUUUAAACACUGAUUGGGUUGUGGUUGAAAGGUCUUCAUUAACUCCAAAGAUGUCACAAGCUUUGAUUUGCACACAAGAUUGGCUCCGUCAUUCUCCUAUUUGUUGCGUGGAGGAAGAAGAAGAAUUUUGUCAAAAACUCGAGAAAGAGUUGGUGAUAAACCAUGGAGUUGACACUAAUAUUCUUGGAUUAUGAUUACCCCUUGGAUUGGAGUCUAGUAUUUGGUAAAUGGUAUUAUUAUUUAUAUCUUAAAUACUUAAGAUUACUGGCAAUUUAUUUAUUUGUUUCAUAUUUCCCUUUACAAUUUUUUUACAAGAUUGUUAGAAGCAUUGGAGAUCUGAAGUUGUUGGAGAAUGGAUAUCAUGAAAUAAUAAAUGUUUUUUGGAAUG